UAGUAAACGAGAAUUAGAGUAGACACGUAUUAAUUCAUGCAAAACAAUGUAUAUAGUUUUCGAAGUCUCCUUUUAAUUCACUCAUGGUUUCAUCCUUUAUAAAUAGUCUUACAGUUUCCUAAUUAUCAAAGCACUUGCAUCGCAUCUAUCUACUAAUCAGAAUUUGCAAAUCUGUUUCAUAUAUAUAAGCCAACCUUUUCUUCAACAUUCUCUUCUCAUUUUCCGUAUAACUCGAUCUUUAAAACAUGGUCGAGGGAGUGUCCAAGGCAUUGUGGAUUGUUGUGGCCACCGUGUUUGCAGUAGCCGCGGCGAUCACACCAGUGGCUUGUGGACAACAAGCACCGUGUUACUUCGUGUUCGGAGACUCUCAAUUCGACAACGGUAACAACAAUGUCUUAAACACCACUGCAAAGGUCAACUAUUUACCUUAUGGUAUAGAUUUUUCCGAAGGUCCAACCGGUCGGUUUAGCAACGGACGUAACAUUCCAGACGUUAUCGCUGAACUAGCGGGUUUCAAUGAUUCCAUUCCUCCAUUCGCUGGAGCUUCACCGGGACAAGCUAACAUCGGACUCAACUAUGCUUCCGGUGGCGGCGGGAUCCGAGAAGAAACCAGCCAAAAUUUGGGUGAAAGAAUCAGUUUGAGAAGGCAAAUAAACAACCACCAGAGGGCGAUUAUAAACGCGGCGGUGCCACGGCGUCAGCUACGGCAAUGCCUAUACACAAUCAACAUUGGAAGCAAUGAUUACCUCAACAACUACUUCUUGCAACCUCCUACCCCAGCUCGCCGCCGUUAUAAUCCUGAACAAUUUGCUGAAUCUCUCAUACGUCUCUACAAUAUUUAUUUGAAACAACUGUACCUACUAGGAGCUAGGAAAGUGGCUUUGUUUGGAAUCGGUAAGAUUGGGUGUACACCACGUAUUAUUGCUAGCCUUGGUGGUGGUGUUGGCUGCGCAGAAGAAGUGAACCAAGCCGUGGAGCUCUUCAACAAUAAACUCGAAGGCCUAGUCGCAGACUUCAACGACAGAUUUUCAAGUGUUAUGUUCACUUACGUCGACCUCUUCUCUGGAAACGCUGAAGACUUCGCCGCUCUUGGGAUUACUGUUGGUGAUAGGAGUUGCUGUACCGUUAAUCCUGGUGAAGAAUUGUGUGCGCAGAACGGACCGGUUUGUCCUGACCGAACCAAAUACAUAUUCUGGGAUAACGUGCAUACCACGGAAACGGUUAAUACCGUGAUAGCUGUCGGAGCGUUUGACGGAAACAUAACUUCUCCAUUCAGCAUAGCAGAGCUUCUGAAUUAGUUAAUAAUGGACAUGCCUUUACUAGUUUAAACUGUAAACUGGUUUGGUCAUGGAAAAUACCAUAUAAUAUACAGACAAUAUCAACUCAAUAAUGAAUAAAAGGAUUGUAACCGUUAACAAAUAAUAAUAAUAUUUUCUUAUUGUCAGCUUCA